AUGUGCAAGGGAUUCGGCUCAACCCUGAUCGGACCCGCCUUGCAAUGGUACAACAACCUACCCUUCAGGUUCAUAUCCUCGUUCGCUAUCCUCAGUGACAACUUCGUGGAGCAAUUCGCCAGCAGCAGACACCUGGAGAGAAUCUCUGACGGUCUAUACGAAAUCCUCCAGCAUAGGGCUGAACCUCUGCGAGGCUACAUAGCCAGCUUCAAUCAAGAGAAGGUGGCCAUUCCUAGAUAUAAUAUCCCCACUGCAAUCUCUGCCUUCAAGAGAGGCUUGCUCCCCGACGGGGACCUCUAUAAGGAGCUGACCAAAUACCACUGCAAGGCCAUGGAAAACGUGUUAUCCCGAGCCUGGGCACAUGUAAAAUGGGAGGAAGAUGUCGCCAGUCUCACUAAGGCGCAGCUAAAGCGAGACCCCAAGGGGGUCAGAUCGGACCGAACAGAGCGAGAGGAGAGACCCUCUCCAAGACCAACCAUGAAUUCUGGGAACAGAAGCCGGGGCAUAUACCAAAACCGGCCGAUUGAGAAAGGAGAAAGGAUGGCAGCGUCCACGUAG